ACAGUUGUAGUCAGCAUGCCUGGUAGUGCGGUCUCAUAUUUCUCUGUUCUUUUGGGGAUCUUCGCAAAAGGUCUAACAGCUGUGAUCCAGACACAGCAGACUGUGAUGGCAGCAGUGGGAGACAAAGCCUCUUUACACUGUCAGCUAAUGGAAACUAAAGAUGUCCGUCAAGUCACAUGGCAGAAGAUCUCACCUAGAGGAGACGCUAAUGUUGCCAUCUACAACAAGCGCUUCGGUGAAACAGUGAAUUCUGGCUUCAAAGAUAAAGUAGAGUUUGAAGAUGCUGGACUUCAGAACAGCUCCAUAGUCAUCAUUAAUGUGAUGGAGCAGGAUGAAGGCUGCUAUCUCUGUUUGUUCAACUCCUACCCUGAAGGAGCUCUGACAGGAAGAACAUGUCUCCAAGUUUACGAGCUGCAUCAACCUGUUCUACAUGUCAGAGGACUAAACUCUACUGGAGAGGUAGUUGUGUCCUGUUCAGCCACAGGUCGACCUGCUCCCACUGUAACACUGAGAGCUACACAAGCAGACCGCAACUUGACUGACUACGACAACGUCAGUGUGUCCAACACCAACGGUACAGUCACUGUCACCACUACAGCUGUGCUGUCAGCUCUCCAUGUAAACAGCACACAGGUUGGAUGUAGAGUUGGAGUGCUCUCUGGUCCUCAGAUAGAGGUGUUGGAGACCAUUCCUGGGCUCAAACCCACGUCUGCUGAUGAUUCGGACGAUGAUGUUAAUGUUCAUGUGGUCUCAAGAAGACAUUUAUACAGCUUAGUCCCUGUAUUGCUGCUGAUCAUCAGUGUUGCUGCAGUGAUCGUUGUCAGGUUCAGAAGAGAAACUCACACCAGUUUGACACACAAGGAGCCUCAGAGGGAUGAGAUGCCAGGAAACACUCUGAAGGCUGAAUCAUCUUUGCUGACACAUGAGAACAUGGAGCUUAGAAAACGGACACCUCCUGAGGGACGUCAACCAAACAGCAACUCAAAUUCACCUUCAGCACCAGCAAGGUUUGUUUUGGAUUAGUGUUGACCCUUAGAUGGACGAGUGGACAACUGGUCUCCGGCUGGUGAAUCUGGGAAUGAAGCCACUGUUACACUCAGUCAGUUUGUUCCGUCAAUGUCUAUUCUACGGAUCAUUCGGAUCAGGACGACUGCUGAAGGACAAUGGAAGGGACCGAGAGGUAGGAAUCACAAACAAGGCAGCUCAAACGAUUAUUUUUUUUGUACAUGUCAUGUUUAUACUUGUGUGUUAAUAUUGUUUUGGGUUUGGUUUUGGUUGAAGACUUCUUUUGUUUCUUCAUUUAUCUUCAGCUUCCUCAACAUCUUUUUCUUGGUUUCAUUUUUGAAUCUGUCAGCUCGGCUUUAAUUCCAGUCUUAGUUGCCUCUUUAUGUUUUGGCCAUGUUAUUUUACUUUUUAUACUUCGCUCCUUCUUCUGUUUGUCCUGCAACGCUAACAAAAGUAACCCAUGAGGAGGGGGCGUAGGUUUUGCGUUACUACUUGAACUCAACGGGGCAACAGUUUACAUUUUUAACUAAGAAUCUCUCCGUACAUGUGAGGCCUUAACGUUUUCACAUUGUCCGUCCCUAGCUUUCUGUAUUUCUGGAACGACUCGUAGGUACUUCUUCGUAUGUGGCUUGAACUUCAAACCUUGGACUCACGGAUGGAGUGAUUAAAUAUGUUUUACUAAAGUCGCAGACCUCACAAAACAAAAUUCUAAACAUCUGUUUCAUUCAUAUGUACUACAACACAUCUAUCUGCUGUACUGCAUCUUGUUUGUGGGAGGAUAUGACGAGGGUUACCCAUCACUAAAAGCCCCUUCGUCACCUCUUCUCAAACCUUCUAAUGAAACAAUACACGCUGCUAUCACGUUUUCUCCUCAUCAAAUAAACUCUAAUGUGAUCGAAUGAAAAACUCUAAAAGUGUGAAUAAUGAGCCAGAUAAAUAUCCAAGGUUCCUAUUGAGGACACAGGAUUGAAGUGUACUUCCUGUUGAGCUUGAACAGGUGCAACAUGAGUGACGCUAGUUCAUGAUGAGGGUGUUUCUUACUUUUAAACCUGGAAACAAAGAAGUGUUAAAUAAUGAGAUUUGUGUUGGGAGACUUAGGAUGUCUGAGUGAGACAAAGUGUGCCGUGUGUCUACACUGAAAAACAAAAUUGUUAUGAUUGCUUUUUUGAGCUAUACGUUUUUUAAGGCUUGAUUUUUUU